AUGGCGUCCGCACGACCAAGCGCGUUUCUGGGUCUUUUGCUCUUUUGUCUAAUCCUUUGCUCCUUUACGUCUGCGGAACGAUCGGCUGGAACCGGACCUGUCAACGCCGGUCAAAAGAAAUACAUCACGUCUAGAACUCUACGAGGAGUUGGGCUAGAGAGAAACGUAGAGCUGGCGGUUCCUCUCCGCACACACUCGAUAUUCGCUCCCUAUGUAGACUCGGACCUCCAGAACCGAUGGUUUUCAUUCGGCGCGGAUGCCUACGUUAAUACGAAUAAGCACAUACGACUCACAAGGGGCGUACCUUCGCAAUGCGGAUGGCUAUGGUCGCGAUUACCGCUGACUGCCUCAAACUGGCAAAUCGAAAUGGAAUUCAAGAUUUCGGGACAACCCAGCCAUUUGUAUGGCGAUGGAAUGGCCAUUUGGCUCACCACAGAGCGAGCUAUAGAGGGACCCGUAUUUUGUUCGAAAGACAAGUGGAAGGGCCUCGGGAUAAUCAUUGAUACAUAUGCUAAUUCUCAUCAUACCUAUGCAUUCCCUCGGGUCAUGGCCAUGAUGGGAGAUGGAAACACUGAAUACGACCUAGGGAACGAUGGAAAGGCAAACUCGAUAGCUGCAUGCUCGGCCAAAGUUCGGCGGACGGACAUCACAACCAAGAUCCGAAUGACCUAUUUCCGAGACGACUUUUUCCAGGUCCAGAUGCAAUAUAAAGGCUUCGACGACUGGACCGAUUGCUUUGUGAUAAGGAACCUUAGCAUUCCACUAAACCCAUUCCUCGGUAUUACUGCUCAAACCGGCGACGUCUUUGACGAGCACGACGUCAUCUCGAUCAACACGCACUCGACGAGGCUCGCAAAUUCGAAUUUGCCAGGGAAUGCAGGAUCAUCAGAGACACCGAGCACUAAGAAAAGUGGCGGUGGUUUCUUCUCGACGCUUCUCAAGCUCAUCUUUUUCGGUGCCGUUUGCGCCGCCGGGCUCGCCGCUUUCCGCGCAUAUCAGGCGAAGAAGGGCAAACCUUGGGACGCAAAACGAUUCUAG